AUGCCGAGCGGAGAGAUCAAAUCGUGUGCGGAGUUUCCCCCUUGUGCGAGAGAAUGUGUCAUAGGCCGUGAUUAUUCAGCUGGCGCCAGGUUACGAUAGGUCGGGCCAUCGGUUUUCGCAGCGAGGGUCAGUCCGACGCUCCGCAGGCGUCGAAUUCCGCAUCAGCUAGCUGCAGCGUAGAGAGAAAAGUAGAGGCGGAUGUGCGUUGCGAUUGAUCUAGGCAGCGUUGCGUAGGAUGUGGCACAAAAUGGACCCUGGUCGCGUUUCAAGCUGGUGUGCCGCUUGCGUGGAUAAAUAGUAGAAAUGCCCAUCCCCGCGAAUCUUGUGACGGCCUUUGAUUUGUUUUCGAGCGUACCAAAUUGUCGCCAUCUCAGCUGCCCAGCAUGAAGCGAUCAGCAUCUCCAGAGAGGCCCUCCACCGCCGUAGCUGCGCUGGAAAAGGCCGAGGCCACUGAGCAGCACCCGGCAGAUGGCUCAUAUCCGCCCAUAUCGUCGAUCCCAGACAUCUCGCCCAAACGUCUCGCCCAAGCCGCCGAGGAUGCGCCCAAAGAAUUUGCAGAGGCUGCCACAACCAUCCUGUAUCUAGCCUAUGGCUCCAACAUGUGUGCAGAAACCUUCUUGGGGAUGCGCAAGAUUCGGCCGCUUUCCCAAAUCAACGUCUCCGUGCCGGUUCUGCAGCUGACGUUCGACCUGCCCGGGUUUCCCUAUCGAGAGCCGUGCUUUGCAAAUGUCGGAUACAGAAAACUGCCGAAAGAACCCAAGCUACCCGAUCCUCUUCAUCCACCCAUCAUCCCGCCAAUCAGCCCGCCAAAGUCCGGGCAGGGCUGGGACGGCGGCCUCAUGGGAAUCGUAUACGAAGUCACACAGGAGGAUUGGCGAAACAUCAUGAGGACCGAAGGGGGCGGCUCGGGCUACCAGGAAAUCGUGGUGCCUUGUCUCCCACUGCCCGCAGAUAUUGGCAUCCCAGAGAAGCCGACUUUCCCAGACGUGCCCAGACCGUUCAUCGCAAGAACUCUCUAUUGUCCAUAUAUCCCCCUUGAACCAGAGUCGGGCAAGAGCAAAAACUGGUGGGCGAGGCUUGCCCUAGGCCCCCGGAGACCAAGCCCCGACUAUGCCCAGCCAAGCGCUCGAUACUUGAAGCUCUUGAAAGACGGUGCAAGGGAACAUGAGCUUCCCCAGGCCUACCAAGACCACCUGGCGUCGCUACAGCCCUACACGGCCACCAGCAUCAGGCAAAAGAUUGGCCAUGCUGUGUUCAUCUUUGCUUGGGCACCGAUGCUGAUAUGCAUGAUGUCGUUGACGAGGAUUUUGGCAGACGAGACAGGUCGAGUUCCUCGAUGGUGCGCGAGUAUAAUAUCAGGAUCAUUUAGCGUCAUGUGGUACAGCUAUGACAGGGUGUUCAAGCACAUCUUUGGUGAUGGCGAACGGACGGUGGAGGAGGAAGAGAAGACGAAGAUGCUGCGACGCAAGUCGUACUCGGGCGGCACAGAUGAGGAAAAGGCAUCUUUGAUACAAGAGAAUGAGGAAGAGGAGGAGCAAGAGAAGGAGAAGGAGAAGGAGUAGUAAUAAUAAGGAGCGGGCGUUUUUUGAAUUUAGACUUGGCUUGAAUCUCGUCGUGUCUCACUGGUGCUGACAAUGGCUCCGCACUACGUGGAGCAAUGGGCGAUUUUGCACGGCAAUCAUGUAUGGCAUGGCUAUGGAAUUAGAGUAUUGUUUUGGAUCGUAUUUGCAUGUUGAAUCAAUCAUAUCACACAAUUGCACGUGCAGCUGGAGGCCUGUUACGUGAUGUGCGU